GCACUGAGCAUGCCCGGUCGGCUGCCCGCUCGCAUAGAAGAAGCUGGUUCGCAUUCGAGUCAUACCAAGCAUAUCCUGCAUGUCUGUGCAGUUAACUUGCAGCGGGCUGUGAGGAGAGCUGGCGUGUUUUUGUCUCUGUCACAAUCGAGAGCCUUCUAACCAUGAACUCAAGAGUUUCUUCCCAGUGAGGGGAGGGGAAUAGAAACCAGUCCUUUUUUUUUGUGUGUGCGCGCGUUUUAAACCCACCUCUCCCCUCUCAGUAUUCUAGAAGGGUACAACUUUUAUUUUUUUUUAAAACAUACAUCUGAAAGGCUGGGGCCUUCAGCUUUGGAGAGAGAGCGAGAGAGAGUGAAACACACAGUAGGAACUAUCCUAAAGCGCGCUAUCUGGUUAAGCAAACAGCUGGUCUUUUUGCUAUCCAGUAAAUGCUACUUCAGAAAAUGGACCUGUUGAACUAUCAGUACUUGGACAAGAUGAGCAACAAUAUUGGCAUCCUUUGCUUUGAAGGUGAAGCUGCAUUAAGGAGUGACAGUAGGAUGCAGUCGAUCCCAGUGUCCUCUGCACUCACCAACCAUCGUACAGGACCUCCACCUAUCAGCCCCAACAAGAGGAAGUUCAGUGGAGACCAGGCGGACGAUGAUCUCGAAAAUGAGAGUGAACAGUUCCCCAAAACAAGCAGGUUAUAUGUUCAAGUGGCCAAACCUGUCAACGGAGAUUUGCGUAAAGAUCAACACAGAGAGCGAAGUAGAAGCCCUAUAGAGCGUGCGGCAAUGUCAGCUAUGAACCAUCUCAGCAAUCGUACCUAUGCUGGCAUAGGACUGCCAAGUAUGUCAAUGGAACAGCCUCUAGCACUGACCAAAAAUAGCAUGGAUACUAAUCGGACAGUAAGCAUCGGUGUGGAACGACAGCAGAAUCGCCCGUCAGUAAUUACGUGCGCAUCUGGUAACAAUCGUAACUGCAACCUUUCCCAUUGCCCUGUUGCUCACAGUGGUUGUGUUCCAGCAAUACCCCAAAGCUACAGGAGACCCUCAAAUUCCUCCAUACCUACUGCUACGACUUGUGAUCCUGUUGUAGAAGAACACUUUCGCCGGAGCCUUGGGGAGAAAUACAAGCAGCCAGAGCCUGUGACGAAUUCGGUCUCCAUCACCGGAUCGGUGGAUGAUCACUUUGCCAAAGCUCUUGGAGAAACAUGGCUUCAAAUCAAGGCUGCCAAAGACGGAGUUUCUAGCAGCCCUGAUUCUGGUUCAAGAAGGGGACAGUCCUCACCUUCGUCCCACAUGGUCAAUCACAAUCACUCCCCUUCAGUUGUUUCGUGAAGAGCGGACCACAUUGCAUUCUGUGCUGAAUGUACUGCAUCGUUUUGACUGAGCUUGAACACUGCAAAAUAAGUGGGGAGGGGGAUUUUUUUUUUAAACCAGACACUUUUGUGUAUUUGCUUAGCAUUUGCAAAAGGGUGCCCUAAAAGGAAAUAGCAGGAGCUAUGCAUACGAGUUUGUAUGAUGUAGCGUCCUAAUCUCCUGCCUCAGUUACCAAAGAAACCUCUGAUGCAAUUCUGCUGCCCCAAAAAGCCAUGUUAAGAUUGGUUGACCCAAACGCUUUGGCCUCUGCUAGUUUCUUUUGACUAGAGUUUGUGUGGUUUGCUUACAUUGCUUUUCUGUUAUGUAAUUUUAUAUGUUUAUAUACUUGAAAAGAAUUGUAUGUCUGAUUUGCACUAUUGGGGAGUGGUGAGGUUGCUUGUCAACUUUACAUCAGAUUUUCUUGUUUUGUUAGAUGGCAGACUGCUGACAAUGAGGGCUUAAGUAUAUUGUAUAUUGUGCUUUAGAGGCAAAGCAACUUAGGAAGGGAAAGUCUCAUACAGGUAUAAGCCUUUCUCUGUCUUCAGAUUACAUUUUGUGCUUGGUGCUCACGACUGGACUGCAUUUUUUUUCUUUCAAAGAACACGGGCAUUUUUCCCUACACCCUUCAUCUGUAUUUGUCAGCUUGUUAAAAUAGAUUUGAGAUAUGAAGGUCAAUAGUGCUUCUAUACAAGUAGCUGCAUGAUUUUUAAAAAUAGCUGGUAUCUAUAUUGUAUAGGCAUACUGAAAAUUAAUACUAGAGCUCUUUCUUCAAAAUUGCAGUUUGUUUUCAUCAGUAACAGUCCUAGAUAUUUACUGCUGGUACAGUUUUACUCAAUGACAUUUAAGCAUGUAUUCACACUGGUAGAAGCCAGCAAAGGAGGGUAGCCUCAGGAAAGGCCUGCAUAUAAUAUUCAGUAGAUUAUAAAUUCCAUGGUACAGGUGGCAAUAGCUUUGUGCAUGACUGAAUAAUUAUUGCAUAAUGAAUACAACUUUCUUAAUAAACUAGCUCCCAUCAUGUCUGUGAAAUCAGGCAGUUUUGCAGCUAAACAAGUCAUUACUUUAUAUGAAACAAAAGUACUUGGCUUUAAUGUGGUAAUGCAGAUUGUCAUGGCUUGCAGAAUACAAUUUAAUUUUGAUGCUUACUCUAGUCCUGUGCCAAGGUGUACAUUCCUCCGAUAGUAUAAAGCUGUUUUAUUUGUUUCAAUAGCCACUAGAGGCAGAGGUACAGAAAGAAGCUGUGUAAUGCUUUAUAGCUUCCCGAUUUAGCUUUUGCCUUUGACAAAGUCACACAUGCCCAUACAUUCCGUCAUCCCAGUAAAAACCAUACACAUUUCAUCGCCACCUUACUGGGUAGUCACCGCUUGUCUGCUUUGGCAUUCAGUGUCCUACUCUGUAGGUUAAUCACUAAAUGAACACUUUUUAUAUAGGUAACUAUAAGACCAUCAUUACGCUGUGCGUAAAGAAUGUACAAAAAAAAAUUCGUAGGUAUUUUUUGAGGAACAAUUAAUUUGUUAAUGAUGUGUAGCUAUUUAAUUUUCCCUAUCCUUUUUGUUGUAAUCAUGCAGUUUUUUUUGUUUGGAGAAAAAAGUUGAUCUUUUUUGUUUGGUGUAGAUUUGUCUGUUAUAAGGUAAAAGUGCAGGAACACAGUUAUCUAUGGAAACACUGCGUUAGCAUUAAUAGCCACUAGUUCAUUACUGCUACAGGCUACUGAGCAUUACAAUGGUAGAAGGCUGUAGAUGCUGUCUGUGAACUCUAUACGUCUGGUCACUUGGCUGUUUUUUUUAUAUAAAAUGAGAGAACUGAACAAGAAUACAAACAACAAUCCAGGGAUUGUGGACUAAUUAUAAACAUUGUGGAGACUGCAAACUGUUCUGCAACGCAUAGACCAGGUUUAUCUACAGUUUUCAUUAUUACAGAGAGUGAAAUGUCUACAGUGUACUUGCUGUUAGUUUCAGUUUGUAAAUUUGAAUUCUAUCCCUCUUGUUUGCGGCCUUGUUUCACCCAAAAUGGAAAAAAAAAUAGCUUUUGACAGGCCACUUUUUGUACUUAAAGUAGCCUCAAAGAACAAUAAAGUGCUCUUAAAUCAUU